AAUUGAUCAUAUAAGUAAUUUGUAUAAUUAAUUACAAGUCUAGUCUCAUGUCGUGUUGAGUUGUGUCGUAUCGUGUCGUACCUCAGAAAAACCUUAUGUAGGUGGCCUGUUUUCCCGCUCAGCCUACUUCCAUCUCAAAAUUGAUUUGGACGGAGAAUCACUGUCGUCUUUUACCUUAUUUUCGUUCUUUUGAUUUCCUCAUUUUCUCCAACUCCGACGACUCUCUCUCUCUCUCCCCCGACUCCAUUUUCAUCUUUUCUAAUCUAUACAAUACUCUUCCUUUUUCUACAAAUUUCCAAAUCCCAAAUCUUUCUCUACCUUAAUACUCUUCAAUUUCCCCAUUUUUCCAUUUCCCCACGCAUAUAAACCCUAGAUCUGAAUAGUUUCUUAUGAUUGAGUGUGCUUAAGGGCACCAUAAGAUGUGCACAUCCUAUAUCAUCCACUUUUGUUCAUCAAUCUUCCUUCUCCUUGCCGCAUCAAAGCGAAUCCGGUUGAGUUCUUGUGCUUGAUUACCAUGGAGCUCUAAAGGUUACUUCUUUAUGCUCUGACUUUUUUCUGCUUCAUAUUGUCUGUAAAUUGCACUCUUUCUGUUUGCUAUAGCUCAAAAUCAAAACUUGAAUUGUGUGAUCAUGGAUGGUGUUUCGGGUCCAAGUACUCAAUCUCAACAACCAUAUGACAAAUCUAGGGUUUUAGAUGUGAAACCAUUAAGAACUUUGGUACCCAUGUUUCCAAAUCCUCCUCAAGCUCCACCUUUCGUAUCUUCUUCACCUUUUGGUCCUUUCCCAGCUGGGUUUACCCCAUUUUACCCCUUUAGCAUGGGCCCUCCAGGAUCCGGCGGGCAGCAAGAUGGUUCUGCUUUUGCUAGUCCUGCUAACGCCGUUCCGCUGCGUUCUUUUCACAUGGGUGCUCAUUUCUCUAAUGGAGAUACUGGGUCUUCUAUGGAUGCUUUUGGAGAUGGUGGGGUUAACACUGCUUCUGGUGGAAAAAAACGUAAGUCAUCUAGGGUUCCCAAGACUGCAGAACAAAAGAAGGCUGAUAGGAAGGCGCGAGCGGCUGCUGCGGCUGCUGCUGGCGAAACGCGGAAGCCCAAUUUGGCCCAUAUUGUGGGUUUACCUCAACCACAAAGAGAAGAUGGUAAUAGGGAACUUGUUAUUUAUAUUCUUAUGAAAUUUGAUGGUGUUAGGAGGAGAUUAAAUCAGUUAGAGGACUCUAAAGAGGCAUCAACUGGGUUAAUUAAACGUGCUGAUUUGAAAAGUGGUAACAUACUGUUGACUACUGGGUUUAGGACUAAUAGUAAGAAGAGACUAGGCGGACCUCCAGGUGUUGACAUUGGUGACAUUUUCUUUUUCCGUAUGGAAAUGUGUGUUGUAGGGUUGCAUGCUCCUUCCAUGGCUGGCAUUGAUUAUAUGGUCGUUAAGAAUGACUCGGAAAGCGAGCCACUUGCUGUAAGUAUUGUGUCUUCAGGUGGGUACGAUGACGAUGCUGAGGAUGCUGAUGUUUUGGUUUACACCGGUCAAGGUGGUGGAAACUAUAAUAAUAGGGGUACAGAAGCUUCUGAUCAGAAGCUUGAAAGAGGUAAUCUUGCAUUAGAGAGGAGUGCACGGCGUGGGAAUCAAAUUAGGGUCAUUCGAGGUAUUCGAGAUAUGAACAAUCCUGCACUUAAGAUUUAUGUUUAUGAUGGGCUUUAUACUAUUCAGGAUUCUUGGAUUGAUAAGUCAAAAUCUGGUGCCAAUCUUUUCAAGUAUAGGAUGGUUAGGUUACCUGGGCAGCCCCCUGCUUUUGGAACCUGGCAAUCUAUCUUGAAAUGGAAGGAAAGUGUCUCGUCAAGGCCAGGUUUGAUUCUUCCUGACAUUACUUCAGGUGCUGAAAGUCUUCCUGUUGCGCUUGUUAAUGAUUUAGAUAAUGAAAAGGGGCCUCCGUACUUUAAUUAUUUGCGCUCCGUUAAGUAUACAAAAUCACUAAACUUGUCUGAGCCUACGUAUGGUUGUAGUUGCCAUAAUUCUUGUGCUGCAGGUGAUCAUAACUGUACUUGUACUCGCAAGAAUGGUGGUGAUUUUCCAUAUACCACUAAUGGGGUUUUAGUGGGUAGGAAGCCACUUGUUUAUGAAUGUGGACCGUCGUGUCCAUGUUUACCAACUUGCAAGAAUAGAGUGUCUCAAAGCAGUCUUAAGGUGCGGUUGGAGGUUUUUAAAACUAGGGAUAGAGGUUGGGGACUCCGCACAUGGGAUGCUAUUCGUUCUGGAGUUUUUAUUUGUGAAUUUGCUGGUGAGGUGUUAGAUAAAGCUAAAUAUGAUAGCGAAGAAAGUAGUGACAUUAGUGAUUAUGUUUUCGAUACUAGCCGUGUUUAUGAUAAGUUUAAGUGGAACUAUGAUCCUCCGUUGGUGGGUGAAGAUGAUGCUGGGGACUCAAAUGAGGAAUAUGAUAUCCCCACUCCUUUGGUCAUUAGUGCCAAAGAAUCGGGGAAUAUUUCUCGCUUCAUGAACCACAGUUGUUCUCCUAAUAUUUUCUGGCAGCCUACUAUGUAUGAGCAGGAUGGGGAAUCCCUUAUUCAUAUUGCGUUCUUUGCAAUGCGACAUAUCGCCCCGAUGAGUGAGCUCACUUAUGAUUAUGGUAUAUCACAGUCUAAUAAUAGGAGGAAGCGGUGCUUAUGUGGUUCAGCAAAAUGCAAAGGUUAUUUUGGUUGACACCGUUCAUGUGUUGACUGCAGGUUUUGUGGAAGCAGCUAUGCUCAUUGGGAAAUUUCUGAAUUAUCUCCUUAGUCGAAGAAUCCAUGCGUGUAGUGACGAUAUGAGGAAGUGUUUUUGUCGUCUUCACGGAAUUCUUUGAAAAGCAACAGACUUUCCCUUUGUGCUUCCUGACUUCUAACUUGUUUCGAGCGUAGCUUGUCUCUAUGUUAAAGAUGUGUAUAUCAUGAUGUUAGUUUCCCCGUAGCGUAGACAAGGAUUGUUAUUUGUUAGUUCUAGACAUGUACUUCUAGUUUGUUGAUCUCUUUGUAACAGGAGUGUUUGGAAACAGACCCUUUUUGGAGCUUUGUAAGAUGUUCAAGAUUCUUCAUGAA